GGUUCGUGUGGUCCAACGGCGAGUGGUCCGAGAUGGAUACAAUGAUAAACGUAUGGGCCGUGGUCGAGCAUGUGAGGGUGGCCAGCGGUGCCGCUGAGCUCGCCAUCUUCACCGCCAUAUUAUAUUGGUUCUUUACUUCAAGCCGAGUAGCCGACAUGUUGGAGGUGGUAGGCGAGCGCGUAGGUGGGUGGUGCGGGCGCGACAGCACGUCCUUGCGGCAUGCCGUGCGCGCGCGCCGCCGGCCUCGGCACGAUAUAUACGCGAAACUUGAUGCCGAGAUCGCUGCCCGCAACACAGCGCUUUAUCGCUUGAAAGAUGGACCUAACAUCCCCCCACCGCAACCUUUGCAGAAAGCGCCCUCCGGCUUGGCUUGUUCACGGUGUGCGCCUUUGUCUAGGGAGUCAUGGCAAGACGUGAAAUCUACGGACUCUGGCAACGUAAUCAACAUCUUGGACAUCGGGCGACAGGCAUUCGCUAAUGGUGGCGUCGUAGCCCGAUGGUUCUACGAUCUCUCUCAUUGUCUUCGACUUAUUAAUUAUGAUUAUACAGAUAUUGUACCUAGUGUGUUAAGAGACGAACGAUUCCAAAAAGCUUUAGAAGAGAAAACCCAGGAAGAGCUAAGGAAGCUUGCCGAGGAAAACCAGGACGGGAGGGGGGAUAGUGUAGCAGCUGCGCACUAUGCAAAUGUGCGGAAGCGAGUUGAAACUCGUGCGUUGAAAGUGCUCAUGGAUAUUAGCUCGGCUAUGUCCAAUAAUGUUCUCAGACUGGUGGCCUGGGUGUGCCAUAAGGCGAUCCGCCGGAUCGCAAGCGGCGGCUGCGGCACACGCACCGCAUGCGUCGAACGCUUGCGCCGCGCCAAAGCUGCCGGUUUACCUCUAGUGUUCGUGCCUUUACACAGAUCUCACUUCGACUACAUACUGCUGACUUUUACGCUUUAUCUUAUGGGACUGAGACCGCCGCUAGUCGCUGCAGGAGACAACAUGAGGAUACCUUUCUUUGGUUGGUUCCUACGUGGUUGCGGCGCUUUCUACAUAAGACGACGAGUCGAUGGCUCUGAAUAUCACGGCGACCCUAUCUACAAGACUGCCUUGAGAGCGUACAUCCUGAACAGUCUAGCUGCAAACAACAACCUGGAGUUCUUCAUCGAAGGCGGUCGCACCAGGACUGGGAAGCCGCAGGCGCCUAAAGCUGGGAUUCUCUCAGUAAUAAUGGACGCGUACCUCGACGGUACAAUCGACGAUGCUCUUCUCGUCCCCGCAACGGUAAACUACGACAAAUUGGUCGACGGUAAUUUUGUGAGAGAGCAACUCGGCAUGCCUAAACAGAUGGAGACAUUCUGGUCGGCGUUUAGGGGAAUUUGGAGGACUUUGAACACAAAUCACGGCAGUAUAAGGGUUGAUUUUAAUCAACCUAUUUCGCUUAAGGAACUAGUAACUUCAUUCCAAAAGUACAACUACUUAAAAGGCCCUGUCGAACGAGCGCUUACUCCUCCUAACAACAAUCUGUCAGUGAACCUAGACAAACAGAUUCUGUACAACCACAGCCACUCGAGUCUAUACGGCGAUGACGUCAGCACGAAUCACAAAAUGAUGGUGGAAGCUAUAGGAAGACAUCUUGUUUAUGACGCGGCCCAAGCCACAUCUCUUAUGUCGACCAACGUGCUAGCGUACGUGUUACUAACGGAACAGCGACAGGGCUGCUCUAUUAAGCAGCUGUCAGAGGCUUUCGGGAAAAGAAACGUCGCCUUAAACAGAGCUGGGAGGGAUUUGUACAAUGGGAAUACUGCUACUGUUAUUAAACAUGCGAUGGAGAUGCUAGGCCGCGGCCUGGUGCGUCGCGAAGGCAGCGGCGACAAGCAAAUAAUCAAGCCACAACUCACCAUUGCAGCUUCACUCGAGCUGUCAUACUACGCUAAUACCGUAGUUGCACAUUACGCGGCGCCCGCUAUACUUGCGACAGCGCUUGAAAGCGUAAUCAAUCAACCGAACGCAGACCAAGAAGUAAUUCGGCACAACGAAUUAAUCGAAGCUUCCUUACAACUUUGCGAGGUGUUGAGCCAGGAGUUCAUCGUGUGCCCACCCUGCCAUCGCAUUGAGGAACGAAUGACGGAUGCCAUUCAAAGCUUGAUUGAAGAGGAUGUGCUUAUUAGUUUCGAGAAAAACAGUGGCAUAGAAGAGCAGCAGUGGUCGCGCCGGUUUGCGAAGACGUUUGAUGACGAUGACGAAGAGUUCGAGAUGCCCGACCCCACUCGCCACAUAAAAUAUCGGAUAUCGUCUAAACCUGAGGCUGUCGCUGAGCGACGCCGCCUCGUCUUGACAAUCCGGCCCUUGCUGGAAGCGUACGCGGCUACGUGCCGCUGCCUCGUCGACGGCUCGCAGAAGGAAGUCCUAAGGAAAACUCUUGAUUCUCUUAUUGAGGAUUAUACUCAGAACAGGAUGCCUUACGGUGAAGCAGCUUCAAUGGACGCCAUCCGCAACUGCCAAAGGAUACUCCGUCAAUGGGGCGUUGUCGAUAUGUACACGGAAAAGCGCGAGCGCAGGCUGCGAAUUUGCGAGCCAUAUCGCAACGCAAACGCGUUGCAAAGUAUCUGCAACAAUAUUUACAAGUUUAAUAUGGACACGCCAUUACUCCAAUAAACUGAAAAACUGUCCAAAAUUAAAACUUACUUUAAUAAAUACAUGAAUAGUAAGGGUACGCCACGCAUCAAGGUUCUUGAGUGAGUGAAUGAAUGAAAAAAAAAACAAAGUUUAAAGGAUUUUUUCUGUGUCGCACUUACAGAAAACCCAGCUAACAUAACAUGGACAUGCCAAUGGAAAGAUAGAUACGGAAACAUGCGUUUGUUAAUUGUAUGCGAUAAUCUCAAAUGCACAUUGUCUAUAAAAAUAUUAUUACAAGUUGCAUAUCGAUACGCCACUGUUAAAGAGGAAGAAGCGAUGUGUCAUCAAUGUUGUCGCAGCAAAACAAAACAAAAAUGUGUUGAAAAUUACAGUAUCAAAAUUGACAUUCUCUAAAAAGUGGCAAAAUCGGGAAAUUACAAACUAUGUAGUGGAAAUUAGUUGAUAAAAAAACCAGUGAGUGACACAAACUCCUAAAUAUUCGAGUUGUGAUAUAGUGUAAAGACAUUUUUUAUUAAGUACAAUUAAACACUUAUUAUUAUGUUAAAAUGGUGAGAGUUAAAAUUUGUCAGUACGCGGAUAUAGGUGUUUCUGGGUCAUAUUUACUUGAUAUACAUUUCUUUGGCGCGAGAAUUAGCUCCUCUUAAAUCCUGCCUUAGGGCGCUCGCUGCGUCAGCGUUCCUAGCUUGUCUCACGACAGAUUGGUUAGUUCAACAAACUAAGCCACGACCGGUUAAAAUCGACAUUAGACAGCGCACGUCUUUGAGGUACCUUGUACUGUAGCUCUUCUGAGAACGGUUUUUCUGCUACGCAAAAUAUUCUCUGCAUGCGUAGGUAUAAUAGGUAUAGUGUGUCAGACUUAAAUAUAUGCAAAUUGUCAAAAUUCUUUAUUCAAACUUCGUCUAAGCGAAUUUAUAGUUAGGCUUGGUUCAAAUCUGAGCAAAAAUAUUUACAACAUUUAUUUAUUGAAAAUACUCCAUUCGUUUGUUAUUAUUAUUCAUACAUGCAUUGGAGUGUUUUAACAAAAAAAAAACAAUAUCUUGGUAGUAAAAGAUCAUGAUAUUCAUAAAGAAAUAUAGCAAUUACACAGCGACUUCUCUCGUCAGCUUCUGGUAGCUGCAUGAAGAAACUUCAUAAGUUUCUGACAGAUGGCGUUGAUGGAAAAAAGCCGUUUAAACCUAACAUAUGGAUCGGCUCGACGAGCACAGAAAAUUUGUAAGAUCUGGAAACCCCGGCUUUGUAACUCAGUUAGUUAAGAGAUACGAGAUCGAGUACGAAACUUGCUAGUGUUCGAUCUUCGUAUCAAUAAUAAUAAGAAAUUAUAUUAACAACGUAAUUGCCUCUGUUUUGUCUUUGGACUAAAGAAGCGACAGUUUUGUGUUUGUACUGUGCGCUUCUCGGCAGGGAUUACGUCUAACGUAAAACAUAAUUUAUAUGAUAACGCAAGCGAAGUCAUUUGCGCUUGAUAAGAAAAAGGCC